AUGCUCGUGUCGUUCCCCUCGCCCGUGCUCUCUGUCGCGGCUGAUGUCGUGAAAGACCUCGACGGAGGUGAAGCGCUUUCCGGACUCUGGCAUAUCUUCACGAAAUGCAAAGAGUCGUUGCAAGAAGGAGAACGCCUUGAGAACAUCUCCUGGCGCCUCUGGUAUCGCGAA